ACAAAACACAAAAAACAUUCCUUCUAAAAAUACCCCAUUCCGCGAUCCACGCCCAUAAUUUCUCUCUCCUCCUCAAACCCCCCAAAAUAAUGGCAGCAUCCACUGCUCCAACUGCAACCACUACCACAGACCGAGAGAAGACACUCCAAGAUGAACUCGCUUUCCCCAUCCUUCUCACUGACCGACUCAUCAAAUCCGCCGGCGAAGCCGAGUCAUCUCGCUCCGAGUGCGUCGAUAUUUCCCGCCAAGCCGACGAACUCUCCCACAAGCUCCGGGCAGCCGUCCGGUUAACUUCCUCACCGUCGUCGUCUUCCUCCAUCUACGACCGUCCCAUACGCCGUAUCGCCGCUGAUGUGGCGAAGAAUCUAGAAAGAGCGUUAACCCUAGUUCGGAAAUGCAAGCAUACUGGUCUUCUUCGCCAUGUCUUCCUCACUAUAACUUCUUCUGCUGCGGAUUUCAAGAAGGUUACGAACCUUCUACAGUCUUCGAUUGGCGAUUUUAGUUGGCUUUUGUCGAUAUACAGUGAUGAUGAAGGCGGCGCUAAUUUGGCGAUUCCACCGAUUGCGAGGGAUGAUCCGAUUAUUGCUUGGGUUUGGUCUUCAAUUGCGUCUUUGCAGAUUAAUCGGCAGGUGAAAGACCGAAUUGAUUCGGCGAAUUAUCUCGCUUCGUUGGCUGGCCAUAAUCAGAGGUAUCGGAAGGUGAUUGUGGAGGAAGGAGCGGUUUCUCCGUUGUUGAGGCUUUUGAAGGAUGGAGGAGGUUCGCCGGAAGGUCAAAUUGCGGCUGCCACGGCAUUAUAUUUGUUGGUGGAUGAGACGGAAAGGUCUGGAAUUGUUACUAAUGAGGGAGGGAUACCGAUUAUGGUACAGGUGUUUGCGGAGUCGUGUAUGAGUGUGCAGAUUGCGGUGGCGGAAUUGGUUGCAAAAGUUGCAGAGAUCGAUCCGGUUGCCAGGGAGGUGUUUGGGAAGGAGAAUGUGUUGAAGCCAUUGAUUUCUUGCUUGAUCUUGGACGUGGAUAUGGAGGAUUACAAGCGGCUUUAUGUGGGUGGAGGUAAGAAUAGUAUUCAUUCUAUAGUUCAGAAGGAAUUAGCUGCUAAAAAUUAUCCGAAUUAUACUAAUCGUGUUCUUAAUCACGGUAAUAGUAGUAAUAGUUAUCAUAAGGUUCAUUCGUGUUCUUCGUUUGAUUCGAGGACUGGUGGGAGUUCUAGUAGAAAGGAGAGAGAGAAUGCUUCGACUGAGGUUAAGCUUAAACUUAAAGUCAAUAGUGCUUUGGCAUUGUGGAGAUUAUGUGAAGGGAGUGUUUUCAAUAGUCAGAAGGUUGCUGAGCCUAAAGGGUUGUUUUGCUUGUCCAAAAUUAUUGAAACCGAGAGAGGAGAGUUGCAAUACCAUUGUCUAAUGGCGAUUAUGGAGGUUGCGAAAGUGGCUGAGGAUAAUGCAGACCUUAGGAAAGUGGCUUGGAAGCCGAGUUCUCCACCUGCUAAAGCAGUUUUAGACCAGCUUCUUAGAGUGAUUAAGGAGGAGAGUAACCUGGAUAUUCAAAUACCUGCUAUCAAAGCAAUCGGGUGUUUAGCGAGGAUUUUUUCUGCUAAGGAAACAGGGAUAGUUAGUUCAUUGGUUGGUCAGCUUGGGAAUAAGGAUAUUGGUGUAGCCAUUGAAGCUGCUAUUGCAUUGGCAAAGUUUGCUUGCCCUGAUAACCAUAACUGUGUUUCCCAUUCAAAAACAAUAAUUGAGUUCAAUGGAGUUCCUCCAUUGAUGAAAUUGUUGAGUGCUAGUGAUCGCUCUAGGAAGCAGGGACUUGUUCUGCUCUGCUACUUGUCCAUGCAUGUUGGCAAUAGCAAGGAACUUGCAGAAGCUAGAGCUUUGAAAACACUUGAGAGUGCAGCUAAGUCAGGGAUGGCUCAAAAUCCUGAAGUAAGAGAGAUAUUUUCCAGAGCUUUACAUCAUCUUAUGUUGUAUCAAGACGGGAGUCAUCCUCACAACCAUGGUUUUGCGGUGGUUUGAAUUUUGAAGGGCUAACGAUUGACUCCCAACUCCCAAGUACUUGUCGUUGGUGGGUACGUUGAAGCCCCGCUCUGUACAUUGUAAUCGUCAGAAACAAGAGGACAAAACAGCGAGUUCAAGCUGAAAACAUGAUGAAGUUGUCAACAUGGUAAGAACGGUGAAUUAUUGGCGUCGCUGAAUUGUUGGGUGCUUGGAUUUAACAUUAAAAUGACAAUAGCUGCGAUUUUCUGAGGCAGUCAUGCCCGAAGUGUAGUUUGUGAGAGGUUUGCUAUUGUGCCUACUCUUAAUCAUGCUUCUUACUUCCAUCGAAUCACUAUUCAUGUAACUUAGAUUACGAUGUACAUCCAUUGCGGAUGAAGUUUGAAGGAGGCUGCAUUGCAUGAAAGACAAGGUCAGAUUUGAAUCUAUGGUCAUUUGUGUUCAAAACAAGGAGAAUAGCAUGUCCACAGUUGAAAUACAGCUCAAUUGUCAAAGUGAACCUUGACCAUAGCAAUAGGGUGGUGCUCCUAAAAGGAAAACAACUAGCUAACUUUAAAUGAGAAUUAGAAAUAUCAGGCAGUUUAAUGAGUCAUUUUAUUUAAUUACUGUUAUCCAAAGUUGAAAACUUGCCUACAAAUCUUUUACAGCUUUGCUUAGAAUGAAUGGAAGCAACCUUCGCCAUACUUCAGAGGAUUUAUCAUUGGAUCUCAUUGAUUGCCUUUCUUAAAAGGCACAUAUCUUCUAAUUAAUAUUGUAGAUGAUCAUAUCAUUUUACCAAGUUAAGUAAGAAAUGAGUAUGCAUGAGGCUGACGUUUUGCUUUUGUAUUUUAUUCAAUUGCAUAUGAAGCGUACCUUUCAUUAACCUUGUCUCUUGUGCUUUUUGUGUGUUUAUGUAUGCGUUUGUUUGUGUUUUUAGGUUCAUCUUAUAGUUAGUUGAUUUUUUGUCUAUCCUCCGUUAUUGAUACCACAACAGACUUGCAUUCUGAUGGUGAAAUUGAAUUCCGUCCCUUCAUUUUUCGAACUAUUUUAGAUCUUGAUGCUGAAUGCUUUAUUGUUAGUUAUACUUGGCUUUUACUUCAACUUUGCAUUUAACAUCCAACUUGUUAAUUUAGUUGUGGUUGUUGAGGGUGCCUUUGGCUGGAAGCUACUUUGAGAAGUAGUGACAACUAUGAGAUAGACAAUAAUAGCUCAACUGCUGCAGGGUUCUAGUGAUCCAUUUUCUCUCAUGCAUUUUAUUCCUAAUGUGCAGAGUAAGACUGUAAGUUUUUUUUACUCCAUGUCAACUUGCGUGAUGGUAAGUAUUGCAGGAAUAUGCACUUAAUGGCUGGUUGCGUUCUUGCUUCAGAUAUAUUUUCCCUUGAUAAUUGAAUAUAAUUGCCAAAUGUUACAGUAUGUUGGGAAACUAUUUGGUCAAGAGACCAAUCGAAAGAUUUACUGAUCACCUAAUAGACUUUGCAACUUUCGGACUGUGACAGGCUAGAACAUUUUACAAACUUAAAAUGGCAUGCAGAAGAUCAGCAAUUUGGAUGGGAGAAUACAUUUUCAAGCAGGGUGUAGAAAACAUCAUUAAGCUGGAUACUUGGAUUCGGCGUAGUUUUUCAUGUUCUAUAAACAUGCCAGAUUGUCUCAUAGGAUGUACAUGGUAACCUCUGCAGUCUGCACCUUUCACUCUAGGUAAUACACUGCCCUUUCUCUCAGGUAACUCAGGUAACUCAGGUCAGUAGUUCUUCAGUCCAGUUCUCGUCUUUGGUGUUCCACCAUAACUCCAAUGCUAAUUAAUCAACAUUGUUACCGGGAAUAGAAAGGCUGUUGCUGGCUAACAGGGAUAAAAGUGAGUCAAUAGGAGCUAAUCAAUCAUUCAGAGGAAAGUAGCUGGCCACUAAAAAGGUUACUGUACAUGCUUAUUUUCUGGAUUCUUCUUUUGAGUUUUGGCAGAAUUUACUUGAGUGGUUUUCACAAGCUAGGCCAUAUUCGUUGCACCUUUUUCUGUGCGUAGGUGAUAUAUAUGAUGUGCGUUAUAUUACCCAGAAAAUUGGUCCAGCAAUUAGCUGAAAAGGCGGUACCCGCCUACCUAGGUUGGUGGGGAGUGAAUGGUAGACCCAACUAGUUGGUUUGGUGAAUAUGACUUGAACUGUUGCCUUUUUUUAUUAUUAAACCAAGGUUUUUGUAUGGAAGUAACCUGAAGUUGAAACUUAUUACAGCUCCUUACAAUACAAACUUCAUUGGCAGAUUCGUGCAAGGAUAGUUACUGGUGUUAUUGGGGAAAACUGACCUAUGUUUUAUCCCUUUAUGGAGGUUGUUUCAUGUAGAUUGACAAGUUUAAUUUAUUUUUGUUUUCUGUCCUUUGUGUUGUUGUUUUUCAAUAAGAAAAAUCCAAUAAUAAUAAUUAUAAGUCUCUCCGUACGUAGUCCUAUCUGUUUGAACAUCUUAUCUUCAUCAACAGAGAGGCAGUGGAGAAACUAUUGGUUCGAGCAUGAAUGUACGGUACAAACUACAAAGUAAAGUGGAAAACAGAGGGAGCACGGAGUACUUAAUACAAAUGAUGCGGAUUAAUGUACCGAAUAUGGAGUAUGUACGAGCCAUACUAGAACUACGCGAUGUAUGAAUUACAAUCUAUCCAAGAUUCCAAGGUAAUACUUGCAAUAGUACUUUGUGAGUACGAUAAUUCGACACCCAACCGAAGGACUAAUACGGGGAUACUAUUGUGGUUAUUAGCAGCCCUACGAAGACUGACUUGAAUAGGAAGCUGGCAUCUUCAAGAUUUCAACCACACACACAUUUGUACUGUUGUUUUCCAGAAUUCUGCAUAAAUACAAAGGGACCAUAGAAUUAAGGUCUAGACAACGUCUAACUCAUUCCAUGAUUAAGGGAAUGGACCUUUGUAAUACUAUGAGAAUGAGACGCAUCUUUCUCUGGUCCUCCAUGUGCGUAUCUCAUUUCUAUCCAUUGAUUUUGAUGUUCACCUAAUAA